UCUGGCAAUCGAUAGCCAGCAAUCUGGACAAUCAGAACAGCUGUGGCGCUUUAAACACAUUUUUCUAUUAGAAUUAACAGGCGCAAGGCGCGUUUCUAAAGCUAAAGUAAUUAUACGGCCGUCAUGACUAGGAACAGCAUCGAACUGGGCGACGUGACGCCACACAACAUCAAGCAGUUGAAAAAGCUAAACACAGUUGUGUUCCCGGUAUCCUACAACGACAAGUUCUAUGUAGACGUUCUAGAAGCCGGCGAGCUCGCGAAGCUGGCCUUCUACAAUGACAUUGUGGUGGGCGCCGUCUGCUGCCGCAUUGACACUACCGAGAACCAGCGGCGGCUCUAUAUCAUGACACUAGGCUGUCUGUCCCCUUACCGCCGCCUAGGCAUCGGCACUGUCAUGUUCGAACACAUUCUCAACUAUGCCGAGAAGGACGGAAACUUUGAUAGCAUCUUCUUGCAUGUGCAAAUUAACAACGAGGGAGCCAUCGAGUUUUAUAAGAAAUUUGGUUUCGAAAUCGUAGACACCAAGGAACAAUACUACAAACGCAUCGAGCCGGCGGACGCUCAUGUCCUGCAGAAAACCUUGCGACGCACUGCACCCAACUCGAACAACUCUGCCAGCAACAACACCGCCAACUCGAAUGCCCGCAACAAAGCACGCCAGUUUACUUUUGUCUAAAGAUGUGAUACGAAACGUAUAUAACUACUAGACAUGAAGACAUGGAGAGGCGGCCGAAACGAUGUAUUCAAUUAGUCCGAUCAUAUCUAUGUGUAAUCAAUAAUAAUUAACCCCUGCGUGGGAAUAAAUAGUUCUGUACGGCUCUGGCCAGUCAUCAUUUAAGUUCCUACAACGGCAA